AUGUUGUGUUGGUCGUGGAAGAAGACAGAUUUCAUGUUCAUCGCUGUAUUCUGGGGAUGUGGUCUGAAGUAUUCUCAACGAUGUUUACCUAACAAUUCAAAGAGAAAACAGCUGAAGAAGUUCCUUUUCCGGGAAAGAAAUCAGCUGAAAUCAAGGGAAAUGCUGCUGCUGAUUUAUCCAACGUCUGCAAAACCGAUCGAUGAAAGCAACUACGCAUUCCUACUCGACCUUGCGAAAGAGUACAUGAUGGCUAAGAUCACUGAGAAAUGUGAAAGUUACUUCGUUGGUCGUUUGGGUUCUGCCGAGAGUUGCACUGGUGCAUGUGUGUGUGGAAAUUUGCGUAAGUACGUGAAGAAGGGAAAUUGUUUAUGGCUUUUAGUCAUUGCCCAAACCUAUGGACUGGAUAGGUUGGAAACGGCAUGCAUCGAGAGAACAAAGCGUAUCAAAUUCACGGAAUUUAAGAAAGACAACAACUUCGACAAAAUCAGUGCUGCUAACUAUCGGAAGAUUGUUGAGGGUAUGUUACAAUAAAGUAUAGAAUGUUAAACCUACUUGAAGACCUCAGCCGAAUCAAAGAAGCUUGAACAUAACGUUCCCUGAUACUCGAAUUGUCUGGUAGUAAGACAACUCCAGACUAUUUCUUGGGCCUUCAGUAACAACAUGUGAGAUAUGAAACGCUGGGAAACGACUCACUCUGUCAGUCCCUCAUAUGGAAAUUUUAAAACUUUUAUUUCUCUUUGUAUUCCAGUACAGUCAGGGCAUUUUUGGCUUUGCAAUAACAAAGAAAAAAAAUACAUACCGUGGUAAGUGGGAGUAAAAUUCAGUUAUUAGGGAUAGGUACUCUAAUCGCUGCAAUUUCAAGUUUGUUUUGUUUUGGUUUGGUGAACAAAAAUUAAUGUGCGUGACGAGACAAAUAACGUAGACUGCGCAACACCCGGGAGCACUCAAGUCUGCCACUGGGGCCUUCAAACCCUCACCCUGUUAAGGCUAAGUGCUCGAUGUUGGUGAUCAUAACCGUAACAAAAUAGAUCAAGAUUUGUCGUGCAUCGUUCUUGCAAUAUAAUCAGGCAAAAGAAACCGAUAAAUGUGUAUCGAGCUUGCAUUGAGCCCGAGUUCCAUUGAUGGUGCAUAUAUCGUGCUUUUAUCGUGCGCAACAGAUCGCGCUUUGAUCGAGACUGAGGUCAUACCUUUGACGUGCAUGCGUUUCUAGGAGACUGGGAAAAUAAUGGAAGAGCCAACCCGUUGAAGAGUCGAUUGCCGCCGUUUCCCCUUUUGCUUAAAGUACAUUCGCCUUGGAAAAAGCGUUAAAUUCAGCUAGAAGAUAAGGAUGAAAGAAGACUUGAGUUAGGAAAGUUUACGGCGACUUGUGUGAGAUAAGUCCGACUCGAUGCUUAGUUUAGGACAAAGAGAAAUGAAAUUCUUCAGUGUAAAACGAGAACUGCAGACAGCAGAUUGCAUACAGGGUAUAGGACAACGCAAUUUUUGCGAGCCUUCUUAGAUCGUGCAUGGAGUAAGGUUUUGUUCUAAAGGUAUUAUCACUAAUGCCCCUCUCUUCCCCCUUAAAUGGGGCAUUUAUCUUACUUAAAAUCUUGCUUUCGCAAUGCUUAAAUGGUGCGAUUAUCGUACAUAAAUGGUGCCUCAAGGCCAAAGGCACGAUGCACGAAAUGACAGAAAACGAUAAUCGAGCCUCAAUGCACGAUAUUAUGUAUCGUGCAUUGUCAAUUUUUCGCCCCAUGUAAGGGAAUAUAAGACAGUUCUGGAUUCCGGAUUCCACGCUGUGGAUUCCGGAUUCCAAUUACCGGAUUCCAGACCUUUUUUUUAGUGGAACUUGGAUUUCGGAUUCCAAUUGUUAGUGGGAUUCCAGAUUCCUACAUCUGUACUCCGGAUUCCAAGGCCAGGAUUCAGGAUUCCACUGGCAAAAUUUCCAAGAUUCCGGUUUCCAUGUGCAAAAAUUUCCCGAAUUUAGGAAGCCAGAUUUCCUUGUGGCGAAAUUUUGUGCUUCAAAAAUUACGUUCUAACGCUAAAGAGUUGUUUGUUGUUCAAUAACGAUGAAAUUUCAUCAGUCAAUGUUAAGCUUAGAAGAAACUCUAGAACAUGUGCAUCUCUAAAAGCUCUGUCUAUUACGGUGAAUGCAGUUUUAUUGUGAAGGUAAGUGAGAUCGAAACUUUAUGAUUUUCAGUGAAAAGUAGAGAAAAAUGGCGUCUCUCAUCUAAACUACAUUUCGUUGACAAUGACUGAUUUAUUUCUUCACAUCAAAGCUUUAUCCAAAAAAAUAUGUACUCGCUGUAGCGCACAUUGAUUGCACAACAACCGUGCAGAACAUCAAGCUUUUCUAUGUACGCGUUAUAGCGGAACUGUAACAGUAAAUGUAGCGUUAGUAAUCCCAUACCUACUUUCUCACUGGAUUACAUUUCGUCACUGAUCAGUGCAGAUGAAGCCAAUAAACCUGAGUUUCUCAAUAACCACCCAUAUCCACUGCGGCAGCACUUGUCUGUACCGAGGAUUUGUUAUAUCAUUGAAGUUUACUAGGAUAUGAUCUGGUGUGGCUGCUACCCUUUAGCCUCAUGCCUUGAAAGGUUAAACCCACCGCAAGUUAAGCUCCCUCCUGUAUUAUAGCGCUCCGGAUCAUCACAGCACUUGAGCCACUCCAUCCUCACAAGGUAAUUAUAACGAAUCAGAUACCUCUCUAUGUCUUUACCGCUGCACUCAUUACAGCCCUUCUCAGAUAAUUUGCAUAUUUACGACUCCGACCGGAAUGUAGAAAAGGAAGAGAUAGAAUCAACCAAUAACAGUCCCUGUUUAAGUUGAGUGAAAGUCUAGGAGUAUAACAACAUUGUUCAUGUUUCUACCAUAUAGCAGCAAGAAUGUAAUGCGCCAAAUUCAAUCAGGAUAAAAAUUAAACGCACUAAAGAAUGACACUAACGUUUGUCUUUAUCAACUAUUGUUUGUUUCAGUUGACAGAGGCCAUUUACGCAAGGCCGGAUAGAAUAUAUUUCCCACGGACUUCCACCGUAAAUACAGCUGUAAAAGUAUAAACAGAUCGCUUCUGUCUGCAAUUCGAUCUUUAUUAAUCCUUGACAUUUUCAACUGGAACUGAGAGAUACAACUCAAAAUCGCUUUACUUUUGUCAUGUUAGUCCCGGCGCACGGAUCAUGGGAAAGCUUCAAAAUCCCAAAGGCGCAAGGGAAGGAUCAAGGUGAAAAGCUUCCCAUGACCCCUUGGGCUGUGACUACACUAUUUCAAGUAGGGCCUAGGUACAAGGCGGGUCUAAAGCAAAGAUGUUAAAAGAUGUUAAAAAGUGCUGACCUAAAGAUGUUAAAAAGUGCUGACCUAAAGAUGUUAAAAACUGCUGACCUAAAGAUGUUAAAAACUGCUGACCUAAAGAUGCUAAAAACUGCUGACCUAAAGAUGUUAAAAACUGCUGACCUAAAGAUGCUAAAAACUGCUGACCUAAAGAUGCUAAAAACUGCUGACCUAAAGAUGCUAAAAACUGCUGACCCAAAGAUGUUAAAAAGUGCUGACCCAAAGAUGUUAAAAAGUGCUGACCUAAAGACGUUAAAAAGUGCUGACAUAAAGCAAACAUCACUUCCAUGUUUGCCUCCACGGUACUGUUGACAGAAUGUCAAAUCCAGCUGUUUCACUGGACUUUUCCCAGCCAUGGGAACACAGCGAUGUUGUGUUGGUUGUGGAAGAAGACAGAUUUCAUGUUCAUCGCUGUAUUCUGAGAAUGUUGUCGGAAGUAUUCUCCACGAUGUUUACUGCGCAAUUCAAAGAUAAAACAGCCGAAGAAGUUCCUCUUCCGGGAAAAUAA